CUGGAAAGGACCAGAUCGAGGUCCCAAGCCAGGACAGGCUGCCAGACAUGCGGGUAUAGCCUGUCGAGCCCUUUAAGGAAACGGCUGACCAUAGAUUUGGCAAAGACUGUGUGGCCCUCUGUACCUGGAUGAAGGGCAGAGGUGAUGACCAAGUGAACCCUUAUUGAUGACAUGGACAGCCCCUGGAUGGAGAUGGAGGAGAUAGUCUAAUAUAAGUGGCACAGAGGCAAGCAUUGGGUGAAUGAUGCUGCACCAACCAGAUUGAAAAUCUCUUCCACUUAGCAAAGUAGGUAGCCCUGGUGGAGGGCUUGCCUAACUGAGUCUGAGCAGGAGAGCUCCAUUGCGUUCAGCCAUGGAGCUUCCACACCAUGAAGUGCAGCGACUCUAGGUUUGGAUGUUGGAGACAGCCAUGAUCCUGAGUUAGUAAGUCUGGGAGGAGUGGCAAGGUGACUGGAGCUUCGACAGACAUUUCCAGGGGUGAUGUGUACCAGUCUUGGCGGGGCCAGACUGGAGCUAUCACAAUCACCAAAGCUUCUUCCCUCCAUAUCUUGAGGAGCACCUUGUGAACGAGAGGGAUGGGCAGGAACGCGUAUAGGAGAUGGCCUCCCCAUAGGAGGAGGAACAUGUCCACGAUGGAUCCCAGGCUGUGAUUCAGGAAGGAGCAAAACUGCUGACACUUCCUGUUGUGUCGCGUGGCGAACAGGUCUAUCUGGAGAAAACCCCACUGAUGGAAGUUUGAGUUCACAAUGUCUGGGCGAAGGGACCACUCAUGGUCGUGGAACGACUUGCUGAGAUGGUCCACCAAUUCAUUCUGUACUCCAGGGAGGUACGAUGCUUGCAGGUGUAUCGAGUGUUCUACACAGAAGUCCCAUAGUAUGAAAGCUUCCUGGCACAGGGGAGAGGAGCAUGCACCCCCAUUUGUUGAUAUAAAACAUAGCCGUGGUGUUGUCUGUCAUGAAUGAUACACAUCUCCCUGCUAGAUGUGCUCAGAAAGUCUGGUAUGCCAGGUGUACAGCUCUCUGACAUUGAUGUGGAGAGUGAGAUCUGCCUGAGACCAGAGGCCUUGUGUUCUGAGGUUUCCCAAAUGUGCCCCCCAGCCCAAGUCUGAUGUGUCCGUCACUAGCAAGAGGGAUGGCCGAGGGCCGGAGAAAGGGACCCCUGCACGUACUACCUGUGGAUCGAGCCAUCACAGGAGGGAAUCGAGUACCAGGUGAGGCAGGGUUACAAUCCUGUCUAAACUGUCCCGGGCUGGCCGGUACACUGAUGCCAGCCAUGACUCAAGAGGUCGAAGUCUGGCAUGCUGUAGUAAGUAGGUACAAGCUGCCAUGUGUCCUAGAAAUUUCAGGCAGUUCUGUGCUGUGGUGGGAACUGUCUGAGACCUUGAGUAAUGUCACCUAGGGCUUGAAAUCUCGCUUCUGGAAGGAAUGCCCUGGUGUGUGUUAAGUCCAGUAGCAUCCCUACAAAUUCUAUCCUCUGAACCGGGGACAGCUUUGAUUUCCCCUCGUUCAGUAGCAGGCCCAGUUCGUCGAAAGAAGCUCUUAUGAAGGCGAACUGCGUUUCUACUUUGGUCCUGGAUCAGGCCUUGAUCAGCCAGUCGUCGAGGUACGGGAACACCUGUACCUGUCGCCUGCGGAGAAACACGGACACGACUGCCAUGCACUCGGUGAAUCCUUGAGGUGCGGCUGAAAGACCAAAUGGGAGGACUGUGAACUGGUAGUGGGUGUUGUUGUUCACCACAAACCUGAGGUAUUUUCUGUUGGACGGAGUUGUUAUUAUGUGAAAGUAUGCAUCCUUCAAGUCGAGGGCGACAUACCAGUUUCCUGGAUCUAAUGAGGGGAUGAUGGAGGCCAAAGAGACCAUGUGGAACUCAAGCUUCUUCACGAACUUUUUGAGUUCUCACAGGUCUAGGAUGGGCCUGAGCCUGCCUUUGGCUUUCAGUAUUAGGAAAUACCGAGAAUAGAAACCAUUGCCCUUCUGCUCCUGAGGAACCUCUUCCACUGCCCCCAGCAAAAGGAGCGAGUGCACCUCCUGUAUAAGGAGUUGCUUGUGAGAGGGAUCCCCGAAGAGGGACAGUGAAGGAUGGUGGGAAGGCACAGAAUUGGAUGAAGUAUCCCCUCUCUACCAUACGGUGCACCCAGCAGUCUGAAGUGUUACGGGACCAAGCACAGUAGAAAGGGGACAGUUGGGACGAAAAGGUAAGGCGGGGUAGAUCCAGUUUUUGUCUGGUGCGCUGUCCUUGACUGCACCUUCAAAAGGCCUGUUUCAGACCGGAAGGUGGCUUGGAUUGGACAGAGCCCUGGCCUGAUGAUGGGUGUGGCCUUUUCCUGCCACUCCUGUUCCUCCUCUGGGAACCGUCCUGAUGGUUCCGCUGGCAGAAGCGUGGGGGAGGUUGUGGUCUAAAAUGCUUCUGCUGCAUAGUUGGAGUAUGGAGGGCCAAUGAUUUGAGAGCGGUUCUCGAGUCCUUUAGGCUAUGCAGCCUUUUGUCUGUUUUCUGGAAAAAGAGAGCCAAACCCUCGAAUGGGAGGUCCUGAACAGUCUGUUGGACCUCACAUGGCAGGCCCGAGACCUGGAACCCCUGAAUCAUGGCUAUGUCCAUAGCUAUCACGCAGGUAGCCGCAUCCGCUCCAUCCAGCGUGGCUUGCAGCAAAGCUUGUGAAAUGAGUUUCUCCUCUUCCCACCAGAGCCAAAAACUCGGUGCAGGAGUCCUUCAGCUCUGCAAAUUUUGCCAUUGUCCCGCAUGUGUUGUAGCAGUACCUGCUGACAAUGGCCUGCUGAUUAGAGAUGUGGAGCUGCAAUCUGCCAGUGGAAUAGACCUCUCUCCCAUAAAAGUAGAAUCAUUUUGCCUCACGAUUCUUCGGGGAGGGUCCCUGGAAGCCCUGGCGUUCACGUUGGUUGGCAGCAUCAACAGCAAGAGAGUCAGGUGGGGGAUGGGCAUACAAAUGCUCAUAGCUCCUGGACGGCAGAAAGUAGCACCUUUCGUUGUGCUUAGUUGUAGGGGGCAAUGAGGCUCGGGUCUGCCACAAAGUUUUUUGUGGUGUCAGAGAUGCUCUUUGUAAGAGGCAGGGCGAUACGUGCAGGUCUGGAGGGGUUAAGGAUGUCUACCAUUGGAUCUGCGUCCUCCACUACCUCCUUCACCUGAAUGCCCAGGCCCUGGGCAACCGUCGCAGCAAUUGCUGUAGAACCCUGCUGUCCUCCAGGGCUGGGGCUGUAGCCAGGCCCACCAGUGCCUCGUCUGGUGAGGACGAGGAAGAGACCCACGUAAGGGGUGGCUGCUCCCUUCCUUCUGCACCCAAAGGGUUCUGCGGCACCUGGAUUUCUUGGGCCGGUGCCCACUCAGAUGGCGUUGUGCCCCUCGGUGUCAGGACUCAGCACCGGUGUCAGUGUAUGCAAAGUGUAAUCGGUGCCAAGACUGUCGCUGGUGCCGGAGCCAUUGUCAGUGUUGGAGACGUCGGAGCCAAAACAACUGGGGCUGGUGCAGGCCAUGCCGGUGCCACGGUGCCAGAGGCGAUGGGAUGGUGACAUUGGGUAGCAAUGCAGCUACCCGUGAUCCUACUGAUGCCAAUGGUGCUGGCAGGGGUACAAACAUGGCUGAGGCCACUAACAUUGCCCUGGGAUAUGACCCUUGGCUUUGAUGAAAAGCCCAGGGAGGCCAAAAGGGCCAUUGCGCCAGGGGCUGCCAUUGUGCGGGCCAUGGUGCCAGGUAAGGGUGCUGGUCCUGUGUUGACAUGGACCAUCUGCUCCUACUCGACCGAUAGGAGUCUGACUCUGAGGUGUCUGAAAAAGAGGACCACAGAGGAGCAGUAUUUCUGGGUGCCGACCAUUCGUACCGAGGGCUCAGGGACCAUCGCAGCUGCUGAAUCUGUUCCAGUGCCCCGGAGUGGCGCGCUGGAGUUGGAGAUCAGCAGGGCAUCAUGGCGGGCUUUCCCCCUUGAAGGCGCUCUGCGAGCGACCAGUGUUGGUGACCUGUCCCGUCUAGGAGGGGAGAACGGUGCCAUGAGAUGGAGCAAUUCUUGGGCUGCCUCGAAUGCCUCCGGAGUUGAAGGGAGGUGCAGCUCCCAGGUUGGCCUCGGCAAAUGAGGAGGGUCUGAACUCAACCGUCCUUCCGCGUGGGCAGGAGUCUACACGACUGUCACCGGUGGUGGAGCGGAAGUAGUGUGGCCCAACUUGGGUCUCACGAUGGCUAGCUCCUUAGGCCUAAUGGGGAGAGCGACCCCUCUCCGGCCUCUUCUUUUGCGGUACCGGUGACUCCAUGUGGCAUGUGAGCCAUGAAUGGAGCCGGUGCCAUGAGUACUUGUCCUUACUCAGCACCGGUGCUUGUGCUGAUGGUGCUGGAGCGCUCUGCAUCGAGGAAGAGGAACGCGGUGCAGGUCAGUCGACCCGGGGUCAGACUUGGGGUGGAGUGCAGCCUCCAUUAACAGGACCUUCAGGCACUGAUUUCUGUCCUUUUAAUGUCCUGAGCCGAAAGGUCUUGCAGAUGGUACAACGAUCCUUCUGAUGGUUCUCUCCUAAACACUUCAAACAUGAAGUGUGAGGAUCGCUUCUGGGCAUACGCUUGCUGCAGACUUCACAGGCUUUGAAGCUCGGAGACCCUGGCAUGCCCUGGCGUCAAGAGAGUGAGGAGGGGACCCCCCCCCUCCCCAAGAAAAUUUAAUCUAACACUAAGGGCUCCUAACUAUUUAAUUAACACUACAGAGCUAAUGAAAACUAUGUAUAUAGACUGCUAAAUGCACUUGCCAAGACAAGAGCACAGGGAAGUUCCAGCAAAUCGUCACUGGUGGUAAGAAGGAACUGAGGGGGUGGUGGGUCGGCAGGGCUCUAUAGUGAGCGCCAUAAAGGUGCAACUCCAGGGGACACCCAGACCGACCCGACGGAUGCUGCUAUGGGAAAAUCUUCUGGUUACUGUGCAUGUGUGUGGACAUGAACAAGCACUCGAAAAAGAAUACACUGUUGCCUUAUGGUAGUUUUCUUGACCUUCGUUAUGCUAACAGGUCAGCUUAUGCCAGUCUUAAGAGCGCUGAUAAACUUGCUGUUAAACAAGAAUCCCAAUAGAAAAAGCCACCUCAGUGACUAAUAUUCUGUUGCCCUCACUGGUAUCCGUGACCCUUCAAUUAGCAGCUAAGAUCUGAAAUGCACAAAGUAGUAAUGGCUAUUGACAAGAAGUUUGUAAAUGAAUGAGCAGUUCUCCCAGCCUUUCAAAGAGAUCUGAUGAUUCAGAGUGGCAGCACUGCAAGUGCCAAGUAUGAGAUAAUCAGACCUGCAGAGCCGUAUGCUGCAUAGGCAGGAUUGUUUCUGGAAUGACUUUGGUUCUUUCUAAGCUACUUUCACCUAUUGUUGGUUGCCAGUCCUGCCUUUGGGAGUAUGAGCAUCAUUGGCUCUGGACUCUUGUUUAAAGGCACUUUAUAAAAUAAGGUAUUGUUGCACAAAGCCUGUUUCUUAAUUAGAACUGUUAAUGGAAUAAGUAACACCGAUUGUAAAGGGUUGUAAUGAUGGUUAUGUAGAGCUUUCAUCCCAAAGGAUCCCAAAAUGCCUUACAAGCUAUAUACAGCCACAUAUGCUCCAAACUAUGAGCAUCUCAUGACAUUUGGGUAUCUUGUUAGUUUCCUGAAUUGACUUUUGGGUAUAUUGCUAGUAACUCUUUUUGUGAGCACACGAUGGCACCAUUGAAACCAGGUAGUUUUCAGGCCUAACAGUUUGCUCCAUGAAUUUGUUCAGAGCUGAGGGGAAACAUGCGUGUGUCCUGUGUGUUGAUGCUGCAUGCCUAGUGGGAGUGUCAUAACAAAUGGUUGAGGGAAUGGCAGAAGGAGGGGACGCCGGUGCUCCGCCCAUCCAUCUCUGGGUGCGACGGGUAGGCGUCUACUGUGAUGAACGCCGUAAAACAUGGCUCGUGGCUGUGGAAGAGGAGGCAGGUACCCUGAGGGCCCGGAUUCAACGAGUUCGGGUCCCCCUGGGUGAGGCACUGCGACCCAGCCAACUUCCCCCAUCACAACUGCCUCACAUGUGGCAGCUUUCCGAGGGCGAGCAGUACAGGGAUAGUAACUCUCGCAUUUGGGAGAUACAGCACCAUCUAAUGAUCAGGGGAGUUGAGGAGCUGCUGCUUAGACUCAUGCCCGGUGAUUAACCUGUUCUGUGGAUAUGCCCCAGAAGGAUCCCUGCCAGAAACAAGCCUGUGAAAUACAGAAAUGCUUGCAAG